AUGCCCAAGUUCAACAUCUUCAAAGCGUUCUCGAAGAAGAACAAGGGCGUGAAGGACGUGCCCAACCAUGCUGCAUCAUCCUCCGAUACAAGGUCCAUGGGGACGGCUGCGCCGUCCUCGUACUCCAGAAACAAGAAACUCAAGAAGCAUAAACCCGGUCGUGGCUCUGAGUUCUACACAACUCCACUAUCACCUAUACAGUCCGUCGGUACCGUACCGACAAACGGUGGCAGCCGCUAUGGCGGGGUCAGCUUAAAAGACGAAGGCUUUCUCCCACCGCCAGGAGGCGCACAUUCCUUACGCACCAGCAACGGUCUGCAACGCGGUCCCCCGACUCAAGCAGCGCGCUCGCGGCGGCACGGCACCAGCGAAGCCGGAGGGUCCUUCAUGCCCAGGCGAGGCAGACACGACUCCCCCAUAUCUGAGAAGGAGUACGAGCCAACGAUCUUUGACGCCCCCCUAACCCACCAACAAAGCAUGCGUACGACCGGGACACGCCGUAGUGACGACUCGCCCGACCGUCAUGAAGGCACACAUUACACCGGGACCCACCGUUCAGCUGCCCCCACACGCUACACCGGAGCACAACACGUCCCUACGCACCAAACCGGCACCCACCACACCGGCUCGCACGCCGGCCACCGACGAGCGGCGUCGCAGCAGGUGCCGACAGUAACCCGCACGCACCGCGACCGCGACCGCGAACGGGAGCGCGACCGAGAGCGCGGGAGGCGGCGACACAAAUCCGCCUCCGCUCCCGUCAUCGUCCCCCCGUCGCCCAUGCGCGCUGCCAGAACAAUCCACGAAGGCGUGAACCAGCGCCCGGAAAUAGUCAAGAUACCCCACGCAGGCGAACCGAGCGACUUCUACAUUGUACCAGACGGUGUGGAUGUUGAGUUUAGGGACGCUAUGGGCAACGUCUUGGGAAAGAUGAGAGUGGGCGAGAGCUUGCGAGGGUCGGUGACUUCAGCAGAGUGA